UUUAUCUUUUAUUUCAUUUCUAACUAAUUGAAUUAUAUUUGGCUUUAUUUUUAUUUUUAUUUUUUUCCCUUCUUUCGUGGCGUCUUCCCUCCACAAGGCUGACCUGAGACAACCUCGGAACUUAACUAAAUAGCAUAGCUAGCUACAAACCACCGAUUUCAACAACUCACCGAGCUCCCCUCAAUCUGUGGUGAUUCCUAUUUACAUUCCUACGGCUUCCUCGAAACUACCUACGAGCUGGCUCGCCCACCUUUCACCCGUCCGCGGCUUCGCUCCCUCAAGCCUGGCCUCCGACUCCGCACCACCCUCACCUUUCUCCGCUAUAUCUUCCCGCAGACUCGCCAGCGUCUUCGAGCCAGAUUCCUAGACUUUCGCCACGAAAUACUCCCGGCCUUUCGACAGCAGACGCAUCUGCGCAUCUAUCGGGCAAUUGUCAACAGGCAGCAGUUGAAAUAUCGACAUCAUCCUCCCCAUCAUCGCAGGGACUACAUUGCAUAUCCUGCGGGGAAUAUAAAGAGGACCGGGUUACUAUCAUAUUUGUUCUCUAAACGAAAGACAAGGAAGGGAAUUGAAUUUAGGCAUAGAGCUAAAGGGACAACUGCGACUCGAUCACAAUUUACAUUCGAUUAUCACCAAAACAGAUCCGUGCUUGGCGCCGUCAGCAGGCGCUUGAAAGAUGCAGAGGGUGGUGGCCGGAUGACGACACCACAGUCAGGGUCGUUAGGCCCGUACAGGGCUGACUCUACAAGUGAUGGGAGUUCUGUAUAUGGAUAUGGAUCUGCGCAUGAGGGCGCUGGUCGCGAGCGGGGAACACGCAGGAGAAAAGUUUACGGCUAUUUGAAGGCGGCCAACGAGCUACGACAAGCCUAUUCGGCACAGUGGGCGCAGAGGACCCAGGAUUAUGAUUACGAUACACGCGAUAUGCCUGGUGGGUUUCCAGACGUUGAGACGGCGAGAUUUGCGGACGAGCAGAUGGUUUUGUUCCCUAGUUACGGCCGAAGGCAUGUGAGGCAGAGGCCAGAGGUUGAUUAUAGGGAUUUGGGACCCGAAUCGUGGACAGAACCUGACGAUCCGCAGUCAAUGGGGAGUAUGGAGUUUUGGAGAAGGGAGUGGGAGAAGUAUGAGCAGGAUAACGCGAUUGUGGAUGUGGAUGUACGAGGGUGGAUAUAUGCGCCUCAUCGGGGCCCGAUGAAUCGGAAAAAUCGAAUUCUGAUUUCCCUUGCAAGACGGCUGAGUGGGAUACCGACUCCGGAUACGGUUGCUACGGAGAAUAGGCCAUCAUCGGCUGUAGUGAACGAGGAAGCAGUGGUCGAUAAACAGGAGCAAUCUAUCAUUCACAAGGGUCAGAGAGAUGCCGACCCUGAGUGGCAGGCUAAUGCUAGAAGGGAAGCCUUAUCGUCCAGGCCUGAAGGCGAUCAAAAUGCUUAUUACAGCAAUCAGGAUGAGAUAGCCGCUGCAAACGCCCAGCUCAUGGAACGGCUUCAGCCGUUUUUGACUAGCCCGAUCGUCCGCGUCCCCAUUACGGUUUUCUUUUUUGACCAAAAGAAUAGCCAGUCACGGACGGUUUCGACGAAUGAUGGCGGCCAUUUCUCAGUUCGCGCAGCCCUCGACUUCGUUCCUACUCAUAUUAGGGUGCUGGCUUCAGAGAAUCUGUCAGCCACGAAAGAGGUAACGAUUAUCGAACCAACAGGGAUUAGUUUGAUCAGCGACAUUGAUGAUACUAUUAAGCACUCCGCAAUUGCAAGCGGUGCGAAAGAGAUCUUUCGAAAUACCUUCGUGCGCAACCUCGAAGACCUUACCGUGCUUGGUGUGAAGGACUGGUAUUCAAAAUUAACCGAAAAGGGCGUGAAGGUACAUUACGUUUCCAACUCCCCGUGGCAACUGUACCCUUUACUUAAUAGAUUUUUCGGCUUGGCUGGCCUUCCACCCGGAUCAUUUCACCUGAAACAGUACUCGGGGAUGCUACAAGGCAUCUUCGAGCCUACGGCGGAGAAAAAGAGGCCGACGCUUGAAAGAAUCAUGCUUGAUUUUCCUGAUCGAAGGUUCAUUCUUGUGGGAGAUAGUGGAGAGGCGGAUCUGGAAGUCUAUACAGAAUUGGCCCUUGCUAAUCCUGGCAAAAUACUCGGUAUAUUCAUUCGAGACGUGACAACGCCUCCCACCCAUAAGUUUUUUGACCAAUCGGUAACUCAUUUCGAGAGACCUUCCCCUCGAAGUAACACAAAUGGACCUCCCCCUAUUCCAGGACGUUCAGGCGAACAGGAGACGCGUCCACCCAGUCUGCCACCGCGCAAGUAUCUUGAACAGAAAGAUCCGGCGAAGAAUGAAUCUGUCACACCUUCGGGAAAUCUCAUUGAUUUGGGUACCGAGGAAGAGUUCUCUGCGAUGAAUAGCAAUGAAUCGCCUAAGGUAUCAUCUAACAAUCGGCAAACACCUCCCACAAGGCCCUCCAAACCUGCUGCUCUUCGAAGUGGGGCUGUCGAACCGGAUAGAGACGGUAACAAGGACACAUCAUCGUCCAGCAGCAUUCGGCGGAAACCCGCGCCACCCCUCCCACAUAAGCCUCUGACGUUAUAUUCUUCACAAUCGCAGGGACAGCCUGGAGUUUCUACUCUGCCCAUCCGUUCAGCACAAACGUUCCAUCAUGCUGGCCCACAACCGCCUAGUCGCUCCUCAACAAACCAAACUUUGAAUAAUAAUAUUUCUAAUAGGCCAGCCACUGGGAGCGGGGAAAGCUACGCAUCUGCUGUCCGAGAUAAGGUUGCAAAUAUAUACAACCAGCUUCCAUCAGCGCGAUCGUAUUGGGAGAGUACUCCUAUUACCCACUCUCCGCCCGCUAUGGAACCACCCCCUUCUUCACGCCCAGCAGCCAAAGAACCGCCUCCACCAGUUCCCCCGCCGCGGCGCAGCAACACCCAACCCCUGUCGAAACAGGCCCCAGGCCCUGCCCAAGACCCACGCCAUAGCAACACCUCCCUCUCCCUCUCCCUCUCCCCCUCCCCCUCUUCCUCUUCCCUAUCGGCAACCCCGCCUGCCCCCACACGCUCAACAACCAAUAUACCCUCCCAGGCACACGCACAGCGACAACCGCCACCCUCGUCCUCUCUUUACUCAAUCCCAAACUCAUCGACAUCAUCCUCCUCAAUAGCAUCCAGCCUCGGACCCACAGGAGCGCCAGCGGUACCUAAUAAGCGUGAGGAAAUGUGGAGGCGGCGCUGGGCGCGGGCGAAGGACAUUCUGGAUCGACAGGGGGUUUUGUUGAUGAGUUGGAGAGUUGGGGAUGAUGUUCGGGAUGUUUGCCUGGGGUUGGUGGAGCAAGCGGAGAGGGAACGGGGGAAAGGAGGGAGGAGACAAGGUGAGGUGAGGUGAGGUGAGGUUUGCCGAACAUGUUCACCUAUUUGUAUUUGUAGGGAAAGAUUGCAGGCUGGGCAAUAUAUAGAAUUGUUUUAAGGGUGGCAAACUGGUUUCUGAAAAAGUAUCCUUUUCUUUUAUUUUCUUUUGCGGUAAAAUUAUCUAUCUUUUAAAUUCCAUAUUAUCCAACUUCGUAAUACUACACCCGAAUAGGCCACGUCACCAGCGCUGCCAGUGUCGCUUGAAAGAAAUGUUCAUCUCUCUAUAUAUUAUAGAAAAACCAACUUUUCCGAGUAAAAUGCCC